ACGAACGCGUGCAGUUUGGAUUUUCGAAUUGGCCCCAAACCGAAACCGAAACAGAAACGGCAGCUGAAAUCGAAAUUGAAAUGGAAACAGGCGGCGGCAAUACUCGGGCGAAAUCAAAAAUAUUCUUAUAUUCGUUGUAAAACGUGCUGCUGGGUGAAACAAAGGCCUCGUAAAUUGUACCUGUGGAAACGAGUAUUUUUGUGUUAUUUUUUUUUUUGGUUCGGGACAGCCAAAAAUUUAUGCCGUUCGUUUGUCAAUAAAGAGCGAACAGGGCAAACAGACGGGAGAGCAGAGCGAACGAGCGAGGCAAAGAAAGACAUCAUAUUGAAUUUAUGGUGUAGGUGCAGCGAGGUCCUCGAGGAUUGCGGCCGUACCCAGAAGAGGUGUUCUCGACCUUGUUGUCGUCAGGGUGUGGCACGGACACGGACACGGCAGAGUUUGGCUGCGUCGGCGCCGAUUUGCACGUGCCUCUUGCCUUGGUCCUCCUUGGCGCCGAUGUCCUGUCCCUUCAUUGUUGUCUUACCUGGCUACAAUUACCGUUAUCGUUCGUAGUCCUCAAUGGCUGUGUGUGUGUGCGAGGACCAAAUUGCUUUGGCCACCCGCAACGAUUGAACAAUUCCGGUUCCGGUGUGCAUUACGUCUCCGUGCUCUGCGGACUGGACUCCUUACCAUCGAUUCCAAUAUUGCGCAUGAUAAUUGAAUUUCUGUGGAGGCAUCGGCGGCUGCUUUGUGAAAAUCUCCUAAUUGGAAAUUUGUUAUUUGAGUUCGAUGAACUGUGAUGGACGAAAAGUGCCCCCGAAUCGCAAAGAAAAUUGAAAAUGUCCUGUGUCCAUCAAGUAAAAUGUAACAAGCGCCGGACAAUUAUUGAAACGUAAUAAGUGAAAAAAAAAACAAAAAACAAACCUCAAAAAAAUCUAUCAAGAUGGAAAACACAACUCUGAUCACCGGCGAGACGCUGGCCAAUAUAUCCCUGGCCAAUACCACCCGAAGCGACGAAAAUAUAACCUCCUUUUUCACGGAGGAGGAGUGGCUGGCCCUCACGGGCAUACUGCCUUGGCUGGUAGGCUUCACCUUCGGCGCCAUCGCCAUUACGGGAUUCUUGGGCAACCUGCUGGUCAUCUUGGUGGUGGUAUUCAACAACAAUAUGCGGUCGACAACCAACCUGAUGAUCGUAAACCUGGCCGUGGCAGAUCUACUGUUCGUGAUCCUUUGCAUUCCCUUCACGGCCGCCGACUAUGUCACGGACUACUGGCCGUUUGGAGGAUUCUGGUGCCGGAGUGUCCAGUAUUUGAUUGUGGUGACGGCCUUUGCAUCCAUCUACACGCUGGUACUGAUGUCCAUCGAUCGCUUCCUGGCCGUAGUCCAUCCCAUCCGGUCGCGGAUGAUGCGCACGGAAAACAUCACCAUGGUCGCGAUAGUUACCCUCUGGGUGGUGAUUCUGGUCGUCUCGGUACCCGUGGCCUUCAUAAACGACUUCGCGGUAAUGUCCGAUGGCAAAAGGAGCAUCGGCAUGUGCACCUUCAAGGCGAACGAUUACAUUAGCCCGCGCACCUUCCAGGUGUCCUUUUUCAUUAGCUCCUACCUGCUGCCACUGAUGAUCAUCAGCGGGCUGUACGUGCGCAUGAUCAUGAGACUGUGGCACCAGGGAAGCGGCGUACGCAUGUCCAAGGAGUCGCAGCGGGGACGCAAGCGGGUCACCCGCCUGGUCGUGGUGGUGGUCAUAGCCUUUGCCUCGCUCUGGCUGCCCAUUCAGCUCAUCCUUUUACUCAAGUCGCUGGAUAUCAUCCAAAUCAACAGCCUGCCGAAGGUCGUCAUGCAGGUCAGUGCUCAGACACUGGCAUACAGCAGCUCCUGCAUCAAUCCGUUGCUCUACGCCUUCCUCUCCGACAAUUUCCGAAAGGCCUUCUACAAGGCCAUCAACUGCUCGCCCCGAUAUCAGAACUACACAUCUGAUUUGCCGCCACCGCGCAAGACCUCGUGCGCCAGGACAUCCACCACAGGACUCUAAGCAUAAUUUCCUAGAGGAAAGAGACAUGAUUGACCGAUGGGCGAUUGGAGCAAGAGUCGCCCCCAUCGCGUGUGAAUCUCCGUGGGCCAAGGUGGACACAUACAAGUGUCCCUUUAACGGAACCAGAGGACCAAUGGACUUACUGGGACUAAGUGGAACUAUUCUAGAGUGCUCUUCUGGCUAGUCUUAGACUUAAGUUGUUGUAAAUAGAAAGUACAGAUUUAAGAACCUUAUGAUUGUCUAUCAAGUAUCUGUAAUGUUAAGCUAACUCGCUUCUUUGUACUCGAGUUAGAAGAAGUCAACCGUGGGGUAUUAUUAUAUAAUAUAGCACUCUGAACCUGUUAUCGAACUUAAUGUAUUACAAAACCCCUUGGUCUUGGGCAUAUUGUUACCGCAGUUUGCUAUGUGUGUAAGCCAUUAAAGAACUAACUAACUCAGCCCACA